AUGCCAAACUCAACUCAAAACCAAAACUACUCAGUAGUUUUAACUUAAAAUUAUUGCUCGGUUGAUGUACAACCUCCGCUGCCUUAAAUAUACUGCGAUCAUAAAUCAAUCGUCAAAUAAAGGAGUCAAAAAUCUGAUAGUAAAAUCAAGAGAUACUGUAGUAAAUGUGGCUGUUUCAUUGCAUAGAAUGGUCUCACCACAGUAAAGGAAUUAGGAUUCAAUUUCUAAGCAGACAUCUCUCCAAUAGAGCAGUAUGAGACUAUUUUGGAGGACGAGCAAUUUAUGUCUUAUUUCCAUUAUUAUCAGACUCACACAAGCAUAAUGAGUGAAAGUGAUAAAGCAGAUUUAAACAGUUUGGUGAUUUCAGACUUACAAAAAUCUAUCUAAGAUCGAAACAGUUCAGGUAAAGUAUAAAAUGGCUCAAUGCUUCAAGCAGCUUUAGUUUCAGAUAAGCAAAGAGUGAGGAAGCUUGCUCUUAAGGCCUAGAUGUGCUUACUACUUGCUUCUAAAUAUGAUGAACUCGAUGACAGGAUUCCUAUGAUAAGAGAUUUUUAAAAGCUUGCAAGAUACGAAUUCGCAUACAAGGAAUGUAAAGAUGAAGAGGAGUUGGUGUUGAAUCAGCUUAACUGGAAUCUAUAAUUUUUGACACCUGUACACAGUAUCUAGUCCCUCUAAUCACUAGGAAUAGUCUUUGAAGACGACAGAAUCUAAUCUGAAUUAGAUAGUCAGAACACAGCACCUUUAACAGAUAAGUUAAUUAGAGAUGUUAGGAGAAAGUCAGAUUAGUUUGCAGAUUUAAGUGCUAAAUCAGAAUGGGAAUUUCAACUAUAUCCUCCUUCAGUUGUUGGCCUUAGUUGCAUUCUGGCGGCAAGAUUUGACCUCAAAAUUGUGCCAAUGUGGAAUGAAAAAUUCUAAGAAAUUACUGGUUACACGAUUGACCCAUAUAAUGAAAUAUUCGAGUGCUUUGAAAAACUUUACUCACUAUAUGACUAAAACUAUAAGAGCAUAAAACUCUCAUUAUUCUGUAAAAUAAAGACCUAGAAGUCUUUAUUGAGUACAUGUGAACCAAAUCCAAAUGGCUAGACUAAUGAUAGUAUUCACAUACAUCAAAAUAACAGAAAGUCUAAAAUUUUAGAGUCAAAUAUGAACAUUAUAAACGAUUCAUUUAUUGUGCAGAAAGGCUCACGUGAUAUUCGCGACACAAGUAAUACUCACCUGAAUGAAUAUGAAUAUAAUGAUGAAAAUGAUCUUGGAGAUGAAUCGAUGUUGUCUAAGAAACUAAUUGAUUAGAUACCUAGUCUUCAAAAUAGUAAUAAAUAAAGUCACAUUCUAUUCAAUAAUGUACCAUCAGCCCAGUAAUCUCAAAGAUCCUCAGUAUCACAUUUAAAUCUGCAAAAACCUGGAGUGAGUAAUCAGACUAAGCAAAGUAUAAUCAGAGAUUCAUAAAAACUAGUAUAAAAACGAAAGUAUGAUUUAGCUAAGGUGAACAAGGAAAACUAAUAAGCACCUGCUCAUAACCCCCCUACCAAUAAAAAUAAUUCAAAGAGUAAGCCAGUCCAAAAGAGCUGCAGAUUAUCAUCUAAUCCUGGAAAUAAAUAUGAUGAUUUAGCAUUAAAGCUUUAGUCAAUAGAUUCAACUAAGAAUUUCAACACUUCUCAAUUGAUGUCAAUGCCAGUAACAAGAUGCACCACUAACAUAUCUCACGUCAACAACCAUUUGAAUUCUACAACAAACAGCUAAGCUCAAAAUAAAAAUAUGAAUUUGUCAUUAAAACAGAGAAACUAAAGCGCCUCUAAUCUUCAUGCCUAGCAAGCUAACAACAACCAGCAAUAAUAAGCUCAUAUACCUGGAGCAUAUCCUUAGAAGUCAAUGAUAAAACUAAAUCUCAUUACUUAGAAAGUGUAAAGCCAUCAUCAUCAUCAACAGCAGCAAUAGAAUUAAACUCAUCAAAAAAUUGGCUAAGUGCCGUCAUCUAUCAAUCAUAAUAUCACUAAUUUGCAGCCAAAUAGAGUGUCUACAAUUAAAUCAUAGAACAACUCUAGAUCUAGAAAGCAGAGCAUAUGCUCAGGUAGUUCGAUUACAAGAUAUCAAUAUAAUGCAAGUAUUCCAAAGCAAUCUAACUGUUUAAUUUCAAGUUCAAUAGUAAAUUAGAAACUUAGAGCUCAUCAAUCUAGUGAAUCGAUUUUAAAAGUAGAUUAAAAAGCUAUUACUUCAAAAUCCAAUCGUUAGUCAACUUCAAAUGUUAAAAUUGAAGUAUCAAAAGUACAUCCACAAAGAGAUAGUUCAAGUAACAACUAGAAGAUCACUGAAUUAGUUCAGAAAUAUCAAAGUGAAAACACUAUAUAUGAAAAGUCUUUAAUAACCGGUAGAAACUCAAAUCUCUCGAUGCUUGGAGGAUUCUAAGCACAUUCUAAGACAUUUGCAGCUUUACAUAAUACCAUAGCUAUUUAGCAUAAUUCAUCUAUUGAGAGAUCUGCUUCUGAAUGCGACAAUCACAAAUCUAUUCCAAAAAGAGAAAACCAAAAGCCACUUAGCUAAUCAUUGUUAAAUGGCAGAGUGACAAAAUCUGGUGACAGGCUUUAAUUCUAAACAAUCUAGGAGCCUCGAAAGACAAGAAUUGCCAUAAUGGAGGAGGAAAAUGAGGGUGAAAAAUCAAAUAUAGAAUUCGACUAAACAUAGCUACAGAUAAAUUAUGAUGAGUUUUAAGUCGCUGAGGAGGACAGUGUAGUAAUAAAAAGACCAAUGUCAAGUAAAAAAUCAAAGAGUCUUGAAAACGUCAAUAAAUUAGUCAAAAACAGAAAAGCUAGUGUAACAAGCAAAGCCAUUAUUGAACUCUAUAAGAAAUAAUACCAACAGUAAAGCACCUCAUAAUGCGAUACUAGAAAUUACAGUGUGCAGCAACCUACUAAAACUACAACAGUUGAUAUGAGCUAUAAUAAUGAGCACAAUCAUAGCAAAAAUCAUAGCAAGGAUCAUUUUAAAAACAAUGUCAGUGGGGGAAGCAAUCCUAAGACUAAUUAUAUAAAGAAGAAUAUCAAUUUCAUUUCUGUGUUAAACAAUCAUGCCAUGAUAAGUCUAGAGAAUAGUAACAUAAUUGAUUAAAAUCGAACAAGAGAAGUGAGAUAAGAAGCUAGAGAUAACUCUAAUGCCUAAAGUAAAAGAAAUAGCAGAUGCUAAAUGUAUCCAUAAUAGCUAUUAUCCUACAAUCAAAUAAACUAGCCAAAGAACAUGCUAUUCUCAAAUUCAAGCAUUUCUUAAAGUAGAUUUGAUAAGAAUAAGCAUCAUAAUACAAGUACAAGCAAUAAUUAAAGUUUAAAUGCCAGAGGUGGAGCGAGCUUAUCAAAAUCAAAUUAGCCUUCUAAUAAAGCACUACUUCAGAACAAAAGCUAAGCUAUAUUUAUAGAUGAAAGGAAGAGUUAUGAGCUUAGCAAGCUUAAUCAGGAUUAUUUUGUUCUAAAUCCUGAGACUACACUUGAAGAAGUAGAUUAAGAUGAGACACUCCAACUUGAGAAGGUUGAAAAUGCUAAUCACAUUAAAGUCAGGACUAUAUAAUAUGCGUAUAACCUCAGUGCAUCCUCAAGCUAAAUUCAUCUUAAAGAAAGACCAUAUCACAGGUUCCUGAAUCAAGAUAGUAAGUAAAACUUCAAGGACUUCUCCAAAAAUUUUAAGGAAAAGGCUAAGAAGAGUCCUGUAUAAUCUUAAGUUCCUAAACUUAAAUUUGAGACAAUUAAGAUUAAAAUUAUUUCACCGAAGGGUUUGGAGGAAAAAUCUCCAAAAGUUUAAUAACUAAAAUCCUAGCAAUUUAUUUCUAAGAAUGACAAGUUUUUAAAAAAUGGAAGAAGAGCAAGUAAUCAGUCAUUAAAUUUAGAGCUCUAGCCUCAUAGUGGCCUUCCUCCACUGUCACACAGAUCAAAUCAAUCAAACAAUAACAUUGAUAAAUCCUACUAAAUUAUGAAUACCUCAAGCACCUAAAGCCUCGUAAAAUAUCAUAAGUUUUAGGCCAGAAAGCCUCAAAAGACUGCUACGAAUCACUCAUUAAUUGAGCAAGCGCUAUUAAAGAAAUCAAAAUUACACAGCAUAUUGAAACCAUUCGAGUCAUAUUAAGCACCAUAGACCUUAGAUAAUACCUAUGAAACGACAUUUGAUGAAAAAAAUAAUAGCUCCUAUGCAAAUAUUCCUCAAGUGUAAAACAUUCCUAAAAAUAGAUCUAUAAAUAGAAGCAGUCUAAUGAUUCCAGUUUUAAAUCAACAACAGAUUUAGCAUCCAAACCCCAUUAAAAAUAUGAGUUUAAUCUAGAUUAAGAGUCCGCAUAACGUUCAAUAAUGUUCAAAUAAUAAUGCUAGCAGCGCGUGUUAAAAUGCAUAAUAAGACAUUCCGCCUGCACCUGGCUAUAAUGCAAAACAGAUGAAGCAUAGCUAAGUACUUAAAAGUAAUAAUAAACUCCAAAAGAGCAUAGAGAAGAGCCUGCCCACUAUUUAAGCCCCAGUCAGUGCAAGAGUUUCAAAUAGAUAUAAUGAAUUAAGCACUAAGGAUAUGGUUAUUAAGGAGGAAGAUGAGUAUAGGCAAAUUACAGGACUAUUUAAGAAAGCAACUCUAAAUGGCCACAAAUACUACAACAAUCACAAAUGA